AUCAUUUCUUUACAUAUCUAUCUAUCAUGAAGAGUUCUAUUAUUGCAAUUACACUUGGUGUCUUCGUUGCGAGUGGCAACGCGGCGCAUUGCUGGACUGCUGGCUCACUUCAACUGGGAUGUUCCGGUAACCAGAAUUUUGCCAACUGGUGUUCUCCUUCAGCCGAUGACCCUUCAAUGGCGAAAGGGCCUCCUAAUAAUAAUUGCCGAUUCAUGAACUAUAUUCCUGAAAUUGGCAAGUUAUAUUGUUGCACUGGGGAAAUCAACUGA